ACGCCAUCUUCACGGGUUUCUCUUCAAUACGGACGCCCUACCUUGUGUGAUUUUGCAACGAAGUCGAAUUCGAGAAUACUCUUACAGAAUGAAGGACCCUUUCUUUAUUCCGCCGAUACCAUGGCUGUCUGAGCUGGUGCGGCCCUGGUGUGACCGCUUCGACCUCCCCUCGCUGCCAGACCACAUCCACGAAGUCCUCCUGUCCGCCGUCUUCUACUCGCUCAUCUUCUGGCCGAUUUCACCGCUGCUGUCGAAAUUAAUAGCCCCUCAGCACUACUCGAAGCUGUCCCGAAGAAGACGACUGAACUGGGAUGCACAUGUUGUGUCGUUCAUCCAGAGCACGCUGAUCAACGUCAUCGCCAUUUGGGUCAUGGUAGUAGAUCAAGAGAGAAAGAGCAUGAAUUCUGAGGAGAGGAUAUGGGGCUAUACUGGCGCUGCAGGCAUGGUCCAGGCAUUGGCAGCUGGUUAUUUCGUAUGGGAUCUAUACGUGACUAGCACUAAUUUGGAUGUCUUCGGGCUCGGGACUUUGGCGCACGCGAUCGCAGCUCUGCUUGUCUACACACUUGGUUUUCGACCUCUUGUGAACUACUAUGGAUGCGUCUUCAUUCUAUGGGAGCUAUCCACGCCCUUCCUCAACAUUCACUGGUUCUUUGACAAGGUCAACAUGACGGGCUCUAGCGCACAGCUUUACAACGGCAUUCUCCUGCUCUUCACCUUCUUCUCUGCCCGACUUAUUUACGGCACCUACCAGUCCUUUUGCGUCUUCAGCGACAUGUGGGCCGCCGUCAAUGCCCACCCUACAAAGACAUUCUCGCAAUCGCUCGUCAUGCAAUACGCGACGUCGGAGUCCACUGUCCCGACUUGGCUUGCAGUAUCAUAUCUGGCGUCAAACAUCACUCUCAACACCCUAAACUUCUACUGGUUUAUCAUGAUGAUACGGGCUGUUCUCAAGCGAUUUAAGCCAAAUGAAGAGCAUUCUAGCGCUACCGAGGUCGAAGGGGUCGAAGUCGACCUGUCUUUGAUUGCUUCUGGCGUGUCUGUGGGCAAGGGGGCGCAACACCGGAAACAGGCAACGUCCUGAAGUUUGAGAUGGAUGAUGAUCUGCCUUGGUUAACCCAUGGGUCUCAUGAUGUUGUCAUUUAGAAGGAUAUAGAGCUUAUGAUUGGGCUACGCGGCGCAACAGUCAGGCGACCUAGGAGGUUGCCGGGUAUAAUGCUUUGCUAGUGCUAUUUGCGGGGUUUAUUUUAGUAUCGGGGUUUAACUGCUAUACAGGACAUGACUUAUUACUGUUUAACUGUUUCACGGUCAUGUAUGAAUAUAAACGAUUUGAAUUUUUCCUACGGGAG